AUGAAGCGCACUCCAGACUCCCCACCCACUCCAUUUCAGGAAAGCACUAUGCGCGGAUCCACCGAACUCGGCUCGCUUUCGCUCGCUUUCAAUAUCGAGGUCCCACGCAGCGAUUGCCUCCNNCCUGACAGCGGUACUCCACUCUGGGAUUCGUUGUCGUUGCCCAGCAGUCCUUCGCUCAGAGCUCGUGUGCCUGACUCUACCAUGGAUCUCAAUCGUUGGUCCAAACGUGGCUUCUCUGAGGAUCUUGCCCUGCCGCCUCGCCAGAUCGAGAAGCCUUUCCGCUUCCUGGAUCUACCUGCUGAGAUCAGAAACAUGAUCUACGAACUCACCUUCUUGAAGUCCUGUCUAAAUACUUACUGUGAUGCCUGGGGAUGUUGGUGCGCCUGUGGCUGUCCUAGUUGCUGGGACGAUAGAAAACAUGCAUGCUCGCGCAUAAUGAAGCGCCAGUGUCGACUUCCUACACUCGCUUCGGCGAACAAGUGUAUUCGAGUCGAAAUCGUGUCUCUAUACUACGCAACGACCGAUUUCAGAUGGUUCUGGGACCCACUGAAUGUCUAUUGUAACCCCAGAGACUUUCCUCUUACACAAUCUAUCCAGCAGCUCGCACACACCUUGAACCUCGCUGCAACAAAUAGCGUCCAGAUCAAACGCAUCACUUUGUGCAAGUCUCAACGGAAUCACAGCCCUACCUGGAUCUUGGAGGAGAUCCUUGGUUCGGUGAGCUACCUCGCACCACUUCGAAAGGCUCUCGAACAGACCGGCAGAGUGCAUCCCACGGUGCGUGAGUUCAAAUUCGAAGACGAGUCUUCGCUGGCUCGUCGCCUCUUUGACUUUGCUGGCUCCCUUGGAUCGUUCGAGCUCAACAACAAGAAAGUGAUGGACCGGGAGCUCCGAAAGUUCUUGUACGGUGAUCCACAAGGACAGGAUCUGAUCGAGAUGAUUGAGUAUACAGAGGAAGAAGACAGAUUCCGCGCACAGCAACGUCGAAGCAGGAAGCGAAGAGCAGAUCGAGCUGUCAACAGGACCAUGGGCGUGGUGAGAUGGACUGGCGUUCUUCGCAGCCGCCCAGCCGCAGACUAA